AUGGAGUCUUUGGCGUUUAGUCCGAGACAGCUCGACGGCUCAGGGGAACAGUCCCAGGACUCUGGCAGGAGCACUGGCAGUGUUUUCCGUCCAUCAAACCCAGACACAAGCUGCAAUGGCAGACAGCUUCAAACAACGAUCAAGGCUCGUACCGGAGGAGUACUUCAAACAACGAAUACGAACGUAGCCAGCAAUGGCACAGCGCAUCAUACAGCUAAGACAGAUAAGGAUUUGGCCUUAGAGGGAACACUGCCUUCUGAUUCAAGAAAACGGAGACAUCAAGAAAAUCACGGAGACAGCAAACGACGCAUCACGUCUGAGGCCUGUACUGGCGCUGUGUUCCCUGCACCCAAAACAGCUGUAGCCUCGUGUCACGUCAUGCCUUCUACUACAACUACAAACAACACGGGCGCUGACUGUGCGAGCACUACAGCAUUCCCUAUCGAUUUGAGGAAACGAAAACAACAAUCGAAUGGUGACAUUUUCUGUUCGUUGUUCGAGCCUACGGGAGAAGAGCUGGGCACCGGGUGCUUUGGCUCUGUCUCCACAUACAGAAACAAGGAAACAGGGAAGGAAUUCGCUGUCAAAGUCAUGAAGAACUGUCGGAAUAAAAAACUUCGUAGAGUACUGAGUGAGAUCGAGACUUGUCAGCGCUACAGGAACUCUGAAAACAUCCUCCAUUUCGUGGACUUUUAUAGGGCGGGAGAUACGUUUUUCCUGAUGUUCGACAAAAUGGCUGGAGGUGAUCUGAGAGACAUGAUGUCAUCAACUCCGUAUCUGCUGAGCGAGUCCCAGGCUUCACGAGUGACCGGCGCCGUCGCCCGAGCGCUCCUUACACUCCACACCGACGGUGUAGCGCACAGAGACCUAAAACCAGAGAACAUUUUGUGCCGCACCCCAGGGAAGGUUACCCCACUCGUCCUUUGCGACUUAGGCCUAGCGAGUGAACUCCCUAUACGUCGUAACCUCUCCGAAGGGAACAAAUUAACCAAGCCUGCACUCACGUCAGUCGUUGGCUGCCCGCAAUACAUGGCACCAGAGGUCGCCGGUUUCCUGUUACCCCCGUCACAGAGGAGAACAGCGCCCUACGACACCCGCUGCGACAUGUGGGGGCUGGGAGUUCUCAUCUACGAAAUGCUCUUCGACUGUCUGCCCUUUGUCGGCCACUGUGCUAAGCACGAGCAAACAACGGACCUCAGUUGUCGGGACUGCGACAAAGACAUGUUCCCGAAGAUCUGCAGCGGCAACUAUUCCAUCCCUACAAACACUCGUGGGUCCUUGUCUGACAGAGUCGUGGAUUUGAUCCGGAACCUCCUGGUCGUUGACCCCCAAGCCCGUUACUCAGCCGCCCAGGUUUUGAAGCAUCCGUUUGUGACAGCACACAGGAACGAUGACGUCACCAGAACCGACUGUCUAACAGCGUCGCCACGACAAUCGUUAUCUGAGUGA